UGUAUUGGGGUAAUAGAAAGGAAGCAAUGGCUGAAAGUCCAGUGGGAAUUCAUAAUGGGUUAGUGGCAGCGAGUUAUCGCAAGACAAGCCAUUUUCGAUGCGUAUUGACUGUUUGGAGCGGUGUAAAUGUCACCAAAUUAGCCAGGCAGUGCCGGAGGAGAUUAUUCACUGCACUCUUGAGAGGAGUCGAGCAUGUGUUAGACCAAUCCCCGCUCAGCAUUUCCGAUCACCCACGAGUUGGAGAUCAAGAAGAAAGGAGGGUAUCAUGAGUCAGUGGAGUAUCGCUGCCUUGGCUGGAGGAUGCACGGUGACACCCACCCUCCCUUUUCGCGUGGAUUGACUCAGUUCGAAACCCCACCGGGCAGGUGGUUGCAGGCACACGCGAUGCAAACAUCUGCUGUCUGAGCAAACGAUCCAAAUUCAGCACCAGUCACUCGGUCUCGUAACUGCCGUCGCUUCUGAAGGCGUGUUUUUUUCUCGACGAAAAGCGGUGCAUGCGGGCGUAAUGCGGUGAGGCGAUUCUACUUGGAGAGCUGCCGCGAAUACGGGACUGCUCCGUCUGCGGCUUUCUUUAAAAGGCUCAAGAAACAGCGUUUUUUUUUUCUCCUCUGUUAGAUUGGUGUCUUAUUUUUGAUGGAUAUUCACCACUCUGGUUGUCGUGGAUUUUUCUUGAAGGGCAUCUAUGAGCUUGAGGGCUGCUGUAUUUAUCAACCAACUCUGUAUUAAAUAUUUGGGUCAUUCUUGAACCAUCUUCAUGCAAAGGAUCGCUUUACUUCAGAUGCCCCGAGGGUUUCUUUUGGCGUAAAAAUAUAUGCGUCUGUCAUCCCCGCAAAGGGAUACACCACACAAGGGUUGCUGGACAGACACUGAACUCCGAUGGAGACCCUACUGGUCUAUCUGAUGCUGCUGAUCAUGGCUGUUAGGGCACACAAGGACCAGAUGUGCCCCAAACGGUGCGUGUGCCAGGUCCUCAACCCCAACCUGGCAACCCUGUGUGACAAGAAGGGGCUGCUGUUCGUGCCGCCCAACAUCAACCGGCGCACGGUGGAGCUGCGCCUGGGCGACAACUUCAUCACGGGGGUCAAGCGGCGCGACUUCGCCAACAUGACCAAGCUGGUGGACCUGACACUGUCGCGGAACACCAUCGGCUCGGUAGCACCGCACGCCUUCAACGACCUGGAGAACCUGCGCGCGCUGCACCUGGACAGCAACCGGCUGACGGGCAUCACCAACGACACGUUCAGCGGCAUGUCCAAGCUGCACCACCUCAUCCUCAACAACAACCAGCUCACAUACAUCCACAUGGAGGCCUUCAAUGACCUGCUGGCUCUGGAGGAGCUGGACCUGUCUUACAACAACCUGGAGCGCGUGCCCUGGGUGGCCGUCCAGCGCAUGGUCAGCCUGCACACCCUCAGCCUGGACCACAACAUGAUCGACUUCAUUCCCGAGGGCACCUUCACCAGCCUGCUCAAGCUCAAGCGGCUGGACGUGACGUCCAACAAGCUCCAGAAGCUUCCGCCGGACCCGGUCUUCCAGCGGGCGGGCGUGCUGGCCAACUCGGGCGUGCAGCUGGGCCCGACGUCGUUCGCGCUGAGCUUCGGCGGCAACCCGCUGCGCUGCAACUGCGAGCUGCUGUGGCUGCGGCGGCUGCAGCGCGAGGACGACCUGGAGACGUGCGCCGCACCGCAGCACCUGGCCGGACGCUACUUCUGGACCGUGUCCGAGGAGGAGUUCCUGUGCGAGCCGCCGCUGAUCACACGCCACUCGCCGCCCGCACGCGCCCUGGAGGGCCAGCGGGUGGCGCUGCGCUGCAAGGCCCGCGGCGAUCCGGACCCCGUCGUCCACUGGAUCGCGCCCGACGGCCGCCUGGUGUCUAACUCCUCGCGCGCCGUGGUCUUGGCCGACGGCACGCUGGACAUCCUGAUCAGCACGGUGAAGGACUCCGGUGCGUUCACCUGCGUGGCGUCCAACCCCUCGGGCGAGGCGCAGCAGAGCGUGGAGCUGCUCAUCGCCAAACUGCCACACAUCGCCAACGACACCAGCCUGGUGCUGGAGCCCGACCCGGGCUCCUCAGACAUUGCCACAUCCACACGCACCGGGCUGGACGGCACCACGGGCAGCGGAGCCAAGGCCGGCGCCGAGAAGCGCGUGGUCAUCGCCGAGGCCACCUCCUCCUCCGCCCUCAUCAAGUUCAACUUCCAGCGCAGCAUCCCAGGAAUCCGCAUGUUCCAGAUCCAGUACAAUGGCACCUACGACGACUCCCUGGUCUACAGGAUGAUCCCUCCGACCAGUAAGAACAUAUUGGUGAACAACCUGGCGGCGGGCACCAUGUACGACCUGUGCGUGCUGGCUAUCUACGACGACGCGGUGACGACGCUGACCGCGACGCGCGUGGUGGGCUGCGUCCACUUCUCCACUGACCCGCAGCACCUGCGCUGCCACUUCAUGCAGUCGCAGUUCCUGGGCGGCACCAUCGUGGUGAUCAUCGGCGGCGUGAUCGUGGCGUCCGUGCUGUCCUUCAUCAUCUUCCUCAUCGUGCGCUACCGCGUGUGCCAGCAGGCGGGCGAGGACAAGGCCCUGGAGAUGGGCGACAUCCGCUCGCCCUCGCGCCACGAGCAGCUCGGCUGCGCCCUCAUCAAGUCCGUCUCCAAGCAGAUGCUCGGGCAGGACCGCGACGGAAAGAGCCGGAAGGUCUCCCCGCAGCCCGAGACGGCCGCUGCGCCGGCGCCCCCCCUGACUGCGGCCGCUGUCCCGCCGCCGCGGCGGCCCUCCAAGCCGGCGCUGCCCGACUGCACGGUCACCUCGUCCGCUGCCAGCCACAGCUGGCACCCGGCGUCUCCGAGCCCCAUGCGUGCCCAGCGCGGUCCGGCCCCCAAACCCACGCCAUCCUCCUCCUCAUCCUCCUCCUCUUCCUCCGCCGCCGCCGCCGCCGUGCGUCAGCCCGACGUCCAGAUCGACGUGGAGCUGGACAACGCCAACAGGAACAACUCGACGGGCCUGCGGCCGCACCCGGCGCGCCCGGCCCUGCGCCUCUGCUCCACGAUGGUGCGCGUCCCUCGCCGGCCGCACCCCGAGGCGCUGCUCACCUACCAGACGCUGCCGGCGGGCUACGUGCGCAUCAGCCGCCGGCACUCCCUCAACGUGGACGCCUGCCGCGCCGGCGGCCCUCGCUACGUCACGCUGCCCCACUCCCCCCAGCAGCCACCGGGGGGCAGUCUGCGCUCCAAGAGGAGCCUGUCUAUGAGCGGGGACCUGCCCCACAUGAAGAGCACAGAGCAGCUGCUCGGGGCCAAAGACGGCCUCUCCAAAUCGGAGUGGCUGCUGGAAAGUACUCUAUGAUGGAGGACGCCCCCCCGCUCCCUCCUUCGUUCUCAGUCUUCUCUUCGUUACACCCCUAGGGUUCGUUCGUUUUUUUUUCUUUUCGUGGAGGAUUUGGACGUGAUACUUCAGUGGUGGUUCAAGCACAUGAGGUGCUCUUUCUGAACAGAGCUUUUCUCCUCCCCUCAAAACACUGCUACCCCAAAUAAUGGGCCGUGUCAGCCACCACUGCAAGC